CCCGGCUCCUCUCUCGUGCCAGAUCUGGGUUCACAAGUUGCGCCAUGUUUACAGGUCAAAGGUUGCUGACAAGUCCACUGUGAACAGGAUCUUUCAAUGGCAGUCUGUCCAGUCUGGCUGCCCAUGAACUUGGCAGCGUGGUCAUCAGGGAGGCUCUCAACAGGGCCAAGGUCAAGGGUGAAGAUGUGUCAGAGGUCAUUAUGGGACAGGCUCUGAGUGCAGGUCAGGGACAAAACCCAGCCCGGCAGGCGAGCAUGGGUGCUUCCCUACCCCACACAGUCCCAGCCUGGGGGGUGAACAUGCUGUGUGGGUCGGGGCUGAAGGCUGUAGCGGUGGGGGUACAGGCCAUAAGGAGUGGGGAUGCCAGCGUAGUGGUAGCAGGGGGUCAGGAAAGUAUGAGCAAGGCCCCCCACUGUGUCCACAUGAGGUCAGGGGUCAAGUUCGGAGAUGUCCAUCUUGUGGACACCAUGUUGAGUGAUGGACUCAUGGAUGCUUUCAACAACUACCACAUGGGGAUCACAGCUGAAAAUGUGGCCAAACAGUGGGGAGUGAGCCGUGAGGAACAGGACAAGUUUGCGCUGGAGUCCCAGCUGAGAACAGAGCAGGCACAGAAGGAAGGACACUUCAGCAGGGAGAUUACACCAGUCACUGUCACAUCAAGGAAAGGUUCUGUUGAGGUAAAAGUUGAUGAGUACCCCAGACCAGGCUGUGUGUUAGAGGGUAUGACCAAACUCAGACCUGCCUUUGUCAAGGAUGGCACAGGGACUGUCACUGCUGGCAAUGCAUCAGGUAUAAAUGACGGAGCAGCCGUGGUUGUACUGAUGUCCGAGUCGGAGGCGCAGACGCGAGGAGUGACCCCCCUGGCCAGGGUUGUCUCCUGGGCUCAGGCUGGGGUAGACCCCUCCAUCAUGGGGACUGGACCCAUACCCGCCAUCAGGAAAGCUUUGGAGAAAGCCAAAUGGACCAAAGAUGAAGUGGACUUGUUUGAACUAAACGAGGCUUUCGCUGCACAGUCAUUAGCUGUUGUGAAAGAUUUGGGUUUGGAUUCGAGCAAGGUGAAUGUGAGUGGAGGAGCCAUAGCUAUUGGCCACCCCAUCGGUGCAUCAGGCUCCAGGAUCCUGGUCACCCUGCUGUAUGCCUUACAGAGGACAGGGGGCCACAGGGGGGUGGCAGCUCUGUGUGUGGGAGGGGAGAUGGGAGUCGCCAUGUGUGUGGAGAGGAGUUAGGUAAUGAAAAAAUGUGACCAAGAAAGGCAUAAGUUGUGUAGAUUAUUUGUAGUUUGCAAUAAAGACUAUCACAGUCAGUUGAGGACAUCAGAUGUCAACUCGGGACGCUUGCUGGACCCUCCUACUCCACUCCUCCCUGUCCUCCAUCAAUGAUCUUAGACUAAAGACUAUCACAUGAUGUUGAUUUUCAAAGUGCUUGUGCUAUGUUAAUGACACUAGAAUGCAAAAUCCUGAUUACAAUGUACAUACAACCAGAUAGGAACAUUGUUUUAUUCAAUGAAGAAGACAUAUUGUACAAUUUACCCUUCUGAUCUUAGUUGAUUUUAAACUAUACUUUGGUCAAGUCAUAUUUCCAGUUCUUGAUUCCUGUCAGGUAAUCAUCUUAAACUGGAAACCUAGUGAAUUUCACAGCCAGUUCAGAAACUGGCACAGUGGCUUACAAAAAACGUCUUUAGAACCAAUAUCAUAAUCAUAAUCAUUGUGAUUACUAAUUUGGCUGAUUGCUGUUGGCAGUCUGAUACCGAUUUCAAGAUAAUUGUGGUGUUUCCUAUCACAUACAGUGGCGGCGGCACAGUGGGGGCAUGGCCCCCACAAAAAAUCAAGCUGAAACCCAUGUGUAUUUUUUCACCAAUAGAAAUUUCAUAAACCUAGCUAGUCCACCAGCAAAUGGUGAAAGGGUCCAGAUUUUAAAUUUUCCCAAACUUCCCUUGCGUCGGCUCGCGCCUGAAGCGCUGGACAUGGUGAAAAUGUAUUGGGGGAGCGUCGGCAUUGACACGGACCAAGCACCACCCUUCCUUUUCUUUGUUCUAUUCCUGGUAAAAUGCAUAUCCCUCUAACCAUGUCUUUUCCCGAGAAUAGAGGAAAGACCAGGAAGGGGAAUGCUUGGUCCGUGUCAUCGGGUAGGCUUAUGAGAAUUAGUGAAAGGGUGGGUCGUCAUGGUAGGCGGUCUGUGUCACAGUGAUGUCACGCAAAUGUUGCUCCCGACAUGAACUCCACUCGGCAAAGCCAGGCAGAACACCGGACAUGACAACAUGCUCACAAAUCUAUCACCAAUAUUUUGCCCCCACAAAAGAAAUUUGCUGCCGCCGCCUCUGCAUAGGUUCUCUUUAACCUGCCUUUCCCAAGGGAGCAACAUCAGUGACAGGUUAGGGGAUUCGAACCCGGAACCUCUUGUUUCUAAAAAAAUUCAGGCAGUAAUCAAGAGUACUCCAGCAGUAUUGCUACCGAACAUGCCCUUUAGAACUUAAUUCUGCGGAGUUGGGUCAAUAAUCGCAUUGAUAUUAACUUAAUUAGCAAUGGAGCAUUCCAAGCCAACAAUGACAGUUGGUACCUUACAUGGUGGCUGUGCUUUUGAUAAAUAAUUUAUCAGGCAUUGGUCCCAACUUCAAUUAUUACAGAUAACCAUCUUCUUUGGCUUGCAUGAAUGUAUAGCAAAAUUGGUCAUUGAUAAGCUAACUUUAUCAUGUUACAGCAAAUAAAAUGAUAGAAUAAAUCAG